AUGGACAACAAAACGGAAAGCGUUGAGAAAGCAAAGUCUGUUGAAGACAGUUAUGAAGGAAUUACCUCAUGCCAGUACAAUACGCCUAUCAAAUGGCAUUACACUGCCGUGAAAGAUAUAAAAGAUGCCGGGUGGACUUGCCCUCUGGACCGCCCUAAACAUGGCUUCGUACGAACGCUGGACUGUGUGUCUGGGACGUCGGGCAUGUUUUGGGAAGCCAUGAUAGGGAUGGCAGAGAGGUGGAGAGCGGGGGACAUUCCACGACCAGACAUCACGGAGAAGUUCCUUGCUUUUAUGAAGAUCCCCAUCAUUACGGAGGAGACAGAGCCCAGAGGGGUUGAGGAAGAUCAACUGGUGAAGAAAGAACGGAAGGAACUGACGGACGAUGCCAACUUAAUGGUAGCAAAAAAGAGCACGGACGAAGUGCCCGUUGAUCCUCCAACUAGUGUUCUUAGCAUGACUGGCGUAGACACUUCUGUUAAGAAAGAUUUGGAGAGGUUGCGUCAGACCCAGGAUGGAUGGAGGAGAAGAGUAAAGUACAGGGAUAUAAAGGCGGUCUGGGAGGAGAUUGAAAUGCCAGAGGAGAAAGUAACUGUGGCCCCAGAGAUGGAUGAGACUAAACUAGCCAUUAUUGAAAAGAAGAAGAAGGAGAAGAAGAGAGGCUUACUCGGAGAUUUUUUGUCGUGGCUCACGUCUUGUGUCAGAAAGAGAAAAGAGCAGGGGUGAAAUAGAAUCCACAGCUUAUAUCUCUCUCUCAGAUAAUAGCAAAGACGCAUAAUGCGUAGAACUGUUUUAAGUGGAAUUUUUGUUUUAAAAAACAUGACAGUAACCUCUGAAGAAUGAUGUAACAUGUAUGUUAAAUGAUAGAAGACAUUUACAACAUACAGAAAGGCUGAGUUUGAAGGAGAUAAAACUUUUUAUUUGUAAAUGAUUCAAGUAAUGAUGAGUCAACUUUUUAUUCGCGUAAAAUUUUUACUGUGUAGUCGAA